GGGGAAAGUGUGCUGGGCUCCAGCGAGGAGGACAGAGACAGAAACCAGGGGAGACGGAGACAACUUUCAUCCAGACUCACAUUUUUCUCGGGUUUUGGUGCGCUUUAAACAGAGCACAACUUCUCAAGGCGCUUUGACUCGUGCAUUUUGAAUUUUUCUUUUUUUUUUUGGAAGGGGCUCGAAAUUAAGUCUUGAGUGUAGUGGAUGUGAAAAGCGGACGAAAGUUUUUUUUUUAAGACAGAGCCGGAGGAAUGUAUCCAACUCGGGCAGCGUCGAGCCAGCGCCUCUGGAGAUGUCCAGCCUGCGCUCUCUGGAUCGCCCUGCUCCUCCAAAGCGUCCUGGACAUGAGCGCGUCUGGGUCUGAGUUUCCCCAAGACCCCAGUGUGAUAGCUACAACUUCAUGGAACAGCUCUGGGCCAUCCUUCAUACAUCUCGAAGCUCCCAUGAACAACAUCACCACCUCUCUGGGCCACACCGCCGAGCUGUUUUGCCGGGUGUCCGGCAACCCGCCGCCUACUGUGCGCUGGCUGAAGAACGAUGCCCCGGUGGUGCAAGAGCCACGAAGGAUCUCAUACCGAUCCAUGGCUUACGGAUCACGCCUCCGCAUCCGCAACCUGGACACUACGGACACGGGCUACUUCCAGUGCGUGGCCAGCAACACCCAGGGUACUGUGUCCACGACAGGCGUGCUCUUUGUCAAGUUCGAUCCACUCCCUACACUUCUGGCAGGAAGGCCAACGGAGGAUUUUGAUGAAGAAGGAUUCUGCCAGCCGUACAGAGGUAUAGCCUGCGCCCGCUUCAUAGGCAACCGCAGCAUCUUCGUCGACUCGUUUCAGAUGCAGGGCGAGAUCGAGACCCAGAUCACAGCGGCCUUCACCAUGAUCGGGACAUCCAACCAUUUGUCUGAUCGUUGCUCCCAGUUUGCCAUCCCUUCUCUCUGCCACUUUGCCUUCCCGACAUGCGACCGGAGCUCUGGAACCGACAAACCCCGGGACCUGUGUAAGGACGAGUGUGAGAUCCUGGAGAACGACUUGUGUAAGACAGAGUACAUCAUCGCCCGCUCAAACCCCCUCAUCCUGAAGAGACUGAAGCUGCCGAACUGCGAGGACCUAGCUUCCUUUGACAGCCCGGAGUCAGCCAACUGUCUGAGGAUCGGCAUCCCCAUGGCCGAGCCCAUAAACAAGAAUCACAAGUGUUACAACAACAGCGGGACAGACUACAGAGGGACAGUCAGCAAGACCAAGUCGGGCCGUCAGUGUCAGCCGUGGAACUCUCAGUAUCCUCACAGCCACACCUACCUGGCCAUCCGCUACGCGGAGCUGAACGGAGGACACUCCUACUGCCGCAACCCUGGGAACAAACUCGAGGCCCCCUGGUGCUUCACGCUGGACGAGGGGGUCCGCAUGGAGCUCUGUGACAUACCCGUCUGUGACCAUAAAGACAUGUCUGGCGGCAGCAACAUGGAGAUCUUGUACAUCCUGGUUCCCAGUGUGGCGAUCCCGUUAGCCAUCGCCUUGCUCUUCUUCUUUAUUUGCGUGUGCCGCAACAACCAGAAGUCCCCGACGCCUCCCGCCCCUCGCCAGCCCAAACCGGUCCGAGGACAAAACGUCGAGAUGUCCAUGCUCACGACUGCAUACAAGCCAAAGAGUAAGGCCAAAGAGCUUCCCCUGUCGGCGGUGCGUUUCAUGGAGGAGCUUGGAGAGUGCAAUUUAGGGAAGAUCUACAAGGGUCACCUGUAUCUGCCGGGCAUGGACCAGGCACAGCUCGUGGCCAUAAAGACCCUAAAGGAUAUCUCCAAUGCCCAACAGUGGGGUGAAUUCCAGCAGGAGGCUGCCGUGCUGACCGAGCUGCAGCACCCAAAUGUGGUGUGCCUGCUGGGUGUGGUGAUCCAGGAGCAGCCCGUCUGUAUGCUGUUUGAGUUUUUGCCCCUAGGCGACCUCCACGAGUUCCUGAUCAUGCGUUCACCACACUCUGACGUCGGCUGCAGCAGCGAUGAGGACGGUACUGUGAAAUCCAGCCUGGAUCAUGGAGACUUCCUGCACAUGUCCAUACAGGUGGCGGCUGGGAUGGAGUACUUGGCCAGCCACUUUUACACCCAUAAAGACCUCGCAGCUCGGAACAUUCUAGUAGGUGAACAGCUCCACAUCAAGAUCUCAGACCUUGGUCUCUCCAGAGCGAUCUACUCCUCAGACUACUACUGCCUCCAGCCCAAAACUCUGCUGCCCAUCCGCUGGAUGCCCCCAGAGGCCAUCGUUUACGGCAAGUUCGCCACAGACUCGGACAUCUGGUCGUUCGGAGUUGUGCUGUGGGAGAUCUUCAGCUACGGUCUGCAGCCCUUUUACGGCUUCUCCAACCAGGAAGUGAUGGAGAUGGUGAGAAAGAGGCAGCUGCUGCCCUGCCCCGAGGACUGUCCACCAAGGUUUUAUGGUCUGAUGACUGAAUGCUGGCAGGAGGGACCAACACGUCGAACGCGUUUCAAGGACAUCCACCUCCGGCUGCGAGCCUGGGAGGGGCUGUCGUCCCACGCCAGCUCCAGCACGCCCUCUGGUGGUGGAGGCAACGCCACCACCCAGACCACUUCGCUGAGCGCCAGCCCCGUGAGCAACCUCAGCAACCCCCGCUACGCUGCUGCUGCCGCCGCGGCUGCAGGGUACCUCUACCCAGCACAGGCUAUCCCCUCUCCGGGCCAGAUGGGCCCUAUUCAAGCCUGGACACCCAUGGCUGUGACGCAAACCCACCAGCGCUUUAUCCCCGUCAACGGGUACCCUAUCCCACCAGGAUACGCAGCCUUUCCAGCCCACUUCCCUCCCCCGGCCCCACCGACCAGAGUCAUCCAGCAUCACCUGCCCCCUCCCAAAAGCCGCUCACCCAGCAGCGCCAGCGGCUCCACCAGCACGGGCCACGUCAGCGGAGGGCCCUCCACCACGGGCUCCAACCAUGACGCCAACACGCCGCUGCUCUCCCACUGCAUCAUGCCGGGGAGCAGUGGAGGGCCGAUUCAGGUGUACGGACAAGUUUGCCAGAGGGGAGUGGGACAGCUGGACCACGCAUCACAAAAGGCGCUGCUCGCUGCGGAUUCUGACGUACUAAUGUACGACUCGGUCAUCACCGCAGACCUGUAGAUAGACAGAGAGGCACUCACGCUCUUUCUGCUCGGGACCCACAUUUGAGAAGUUUAGCUUCUAACACAGGGACCCAGUCUAACGUUUCUACUCUCAUCACAUGGAGACCCAACAGAAACCACCCAAAACUUUGAGUGUGCAAGAAACACUGCCGCAGCUACACAAGUAUAUCCACAGCUGUCUGACUUUUUACUGCCUUAUUGUUAAAAGCAUGUGUAUUUCACCGCCAUGGUUUGAAAAUGUUGUGUUAUUAUUUUAACCUUUGUGUAAAUACGGUACAUACGUCCUGAAAUAAUGAGUGAAAUACAAAGAUAUAUAUUCAAGAGCAAGAACUUUUUAUUGAGGAAUAGAUUUUAAACGUGAAAAAGUAGCAAGUCCAUCCUACUUCCUAAGAAAAUGGUUUGUAUCACAGUCGGACAAAAAGUUCCUGUGUCAACAACUGAGUUAACGGACUGUUUCAUGCAGGACGUGAAGGAAACGCUGACACUCAUACCGGGACCUUUGGGUGCCUUUCAGCAGUGGUGCGACUUGCUUGUUUCUUGACGUAUCAGAACAGAAAUCUGUGCUGUGCAUUAGCUUGUACAGCAAAUAAACUGCUUUUAGCAAGUGAUAGCCGAGCAAACAAAAAUGGGAACAGCAAUGAGAACAAGUGCAGCAGCUUUUACUGAGAAGACCAACAUCGAACUGCUCCAAUACACCAGUAUACAAGGCGUACCAAUGGCCUUUUGGGUUCCACGUAUUGCAGACCGGUAACGACUAUGUGACGGCUCCCCAUCGAAUCAGCUGGACUUGCAACUAAAGCAGAUACUGGUGAUGAGUUGGCCAGAGUACUCGUCCUGGCACAGGCAUUUUCACGCAAAAUCCUUUUGGAAGUGACACCUGAAUGUUUUUUGUGCAACCUCAAUGAGACUAUCUGACACACUAUUGCGACAUGGACACAGGCCUCUUUGCCUUCUUCAAAUCUCAGUACACAGCUUCCAAGGCUGAGAAAGAAGGAAGCGGGGAGUUCUUCUGAUUGGUCAAUAAACAUGGCAGACAUGGCAUCUAACUUCAGGAAACAUAUCCUCCACAGCUAAGCUGGACCCGUCUCAGGGCACAAACGCUUCACUCACCAUGCGAGGGCUGGGGUAAAUGUACUGUCAGUGAUGUAAAGCUAAAAUUUCACCCUCACAAAAGAACAUUUUAGUUGCAAAUUGGGUUUGGAUUUUUUAUUUUUAUUUUUUUUCCAGUUUGAAUUUUGAAGGAGUUGUAUUCACACGGCUUGUCUUUAUGUCUUUGUCCUUUCCUUUCCUGUUUUUCAGCAUCUGUGUUCAAAUAUCACCUUUGGAGACAUGGACGAGUGAAGGACUCAAAGCAGGGAGGGCUAAAACACACGAGGCUCAUUGUAGAUAAUGUUGCCAUUACAAAAAUCAGCCUCAUGCACCUGAACAAAAACACCUAUGAUUAGUAUGUUUGAUGUGCUUACAUUCAUGCCCUCUUUGUGCCUGAACAGAAGACCUUAAUAAGUAUUAUUUUCAUGAGCUGGCUUCAGACUGCAUCACCGUGUGCAGAGAGAUUUAUGCAUGUUGCUUUCAUUUGGUUCUAUAUCAGUAAAUGAUCCGUAAACACCUGGCUCCAACUGUACUUGAUCCCAACAAGGGUGAAUGCAACUUUUAAAAGGAAAAGAGCUAAAUGAAUAUGCCCAUAUGUCUCAGAAAAGUACAGCUGUAUUUAUAUGUUUCACACUUCCAGCAGCAUGUAAUCAUUUACAUUUUUGGAGGCAUUUAACUGAAUAACCUUUAGUGAUGCGACAAUAUUUUUGGAAAAUGAUUAAUAAUUCCCAGUCCUGUAAUCACACAAAUGAUGCCUCAGCUGUUUAUUAUUUGAUGGUGGUUUAUUAGAAGCAAAGUAAAGUAAAUAUGACGCUUUUCAUAUCAGAAAAUAAAAGUCACAGAACCAGCUGCAGCAACACAUCAGUUUGUGAUCUUAGUUACCUUCUGUGUUGUAGACAAUCAUUGGUUUUGAAUGGUUGUAAAAAGCGUCCCAGACUGUACGUGUUGCACUUUUUUAUCACUCUAUCAAUCAGCUGUAUUAACUAACCUUAACACUUAUCUAGUACGGCACAAGCAUGGCACGCUGAUAGCAUCUCACCGCUGAUGUGCAGAGCAUGAAGCGGAGUUAAGAUGGCUUGUUGCCUGUAGAGACUUUUUUAAUGGUAAAGUAUUUUAGUUGACAUUUGUGGACUGUAGAUAGACCAGAUUUUCAUUAUUUAGUUCAUGUCCCCUUAAACACUGACUACCUGAUUUCACUACAACAAAAGCAGCUUCUCCAAUUCACUGCAGAAUAAAAUGAAAAUAAACCAUAAUAAUACAAGACUGAGCUUCAGUUUACCCCGAGAUCAUUUAUUCAAACCAACUAUGAUCAACAGAAGCAUGUUUUGUUCCUCCUGUCAAAUCUAGUCCAAGAUGUUUUGACUCAUUUUAAGUUAAUUAUCCCAUUGACUUUAUAUUUUAUUGCUGUCUUUUGUCUCUUUAUCUUUUUUGUUCCUCUGAAGCAAAUCGAGCUACCUUGACAUCUGAGUUUGUACACUUAACCUCCAUCCAGCAUGUGAGGAUUUAUGUGUACUAAUCGAGCAGUGCAAAACCACUUGUACGCAAGACUGUGAAUCUUAAUCAAGUCUAGGUAUUUUUGUAUUUGGCAAAACCAAACAAAAAUAAAACAUUGUUGUGCCUUUUUUAUUUUACGUCCAAUAAACAAAAAGAAAACAAAAUACAAGUAAAUUUAUAUUUCAAUAUCAGUGUACCUUAUAAUUAAAGAAGGUUUACAUGCUUGUCCCU